AUGGCAGCUGAAAGGAGAGCAUCUUCAUUGCCCCCUGCAAAUCCUUUUUGGAGCGAUAGAACCCAAGCUGAUCAUGAGUUGGAACAAAUGAGGCCAGUGAAUUUAGAAAGCUGGGAGGCUCCUGUACCCCAUGAUGAUGAUGACUUAGAUCAAUCCCCACGUGUUCCCUUGCCAAGCGGUGUGUCGGGACAUGAUCGGGAACAUGGGCUGCAGUUUCAGACUCCUGGUGAUGCGAAACCAGCUGCUCUGACUUUGGAUAGCGAGAAGCCUUGCGUUGAAGAACCAGAGAAGUUGGAGACGGAGGUGACCUAUGAGCCUCUGCAGCAUGAUCAAGCGACUGGGAAGCGUCCUGAGAGGGUGUGGAAUAGAAGGGGACAGUGUGAUGAAAAAAUGUCUUCAAAAGCUGUACCAAGUUGUGAUGAAAAUGAAAAGAAAGAGAGUGGACUGGAGAAAGAUUUGGGGGAUCAAGUUUUGCAGCACUUUCAGCAAGAGACGGUGAGACUUCAGAGCCAGAAUGACUCCUUGAUCAAGGAAAUUCAGAGACUCAAGGAGGAGAAACAGCGUAGUGAACUGAAUGUUCCAUCGUCCUGGAAUGCAAGUGCUAGGCAACCAACACCUCCACCUCGAAAGUCCCCACAGACUCGAGAAUCUCAACAUGUUUGGAUGUCACCAGACACUUUCAGAUGUACUCCAAAUGGUACACGUAUCCCUUCUGGACCUCCUCCACCAUCGCCACCACCUUUGCCCGCUUGGCCAGUUGACUUGCAGGGCUAUGAAACCUGUUUGGAGCCGCCAAGGAAGCUUCGUGGGGUGAUGGGUGAUGUCCAGUACAAGAUUGGAGGAGGCGUCAUCACGCCACGGGAGAAUCAGAAUGCCAUCACGGUCGGGCUGAUAGCACUGCAUUGCAUGAGCUUGGUGAAGUAUGUCAACAUGGAAGUGCUGGUGGCCGAAGUCACACAGUGGAAGGAGCCUCGAGUCAUCAACGAGGGACGUGAUGCAAGCUUGGAGGCUGGAGAUUGGAUCAUUCAACUUGAACCUCUUGUGGGUGAUUUGUCAAAGAAUGCCACGGCUUGGUGGAGGCGUGUGAUGGCAGCCACCACCGAAAAGUACUCCCUUUGGCUGUACUCUGACCCACUCUCAGCUGCAGAACUUUGUGCGCAGUUGCCGGAUCCAUUGUUGAUGAUCCGAACACUGGAUGGCAUCUCCAAACCAGUCGUUGAUGGUUCUGCACAAGCGAGCUUCAGGAUUGCAACUUUCCGCAUGAAGCACAACCUGGAUGUUCAGCCAUCACUGCAAAAUCUGUGGCUGUUCUACGACUUGCUGCUGGCAGAAGGCGUCAACAAGGGUGUGGUGAGUGCGGAGGAUGAAGUGAAAGGAAAAGGGGAUGGAACAUCGGCGUCAAACAGCAAUGGCGUCGGAGGUGGCAAGAAACCUGAGACCAAUGGCGCUGCAGUUGCAGUUGGAUCCAGUGAGCUGCUCAGUGAAGCCACCAAACUUCUCAAAUCCCUUCAUCUUCCGUCUAUGAAGAAGAUCACCCUGCAAGAGCUUGGAGAUCCUUUGAUGAGCCCUUCGAACUUGAUGCUGCUCGACAGUGGCGCUACUCACUCCUUGCGAAGGGCAAGAACUUGGGAAGAGUGGGAUCAAGCUCAUCAAACUGUGGUGGCAUUGGCCCAGGGCUCAACCUCCAAUUUGCGUCUCAAGCAUGCUACCUGCACUCUUUUGUCAACACCUACGGAUGGCAGUUUUGGGAACGGCAUUUUGCCCAUGGGUGCACUGGCUAAGAUUGGAUAUGAGAUUGUCUGGAGCGGGGGAGACUGCCGGGUACGUGGACCAGCUGGAGAAAAGAUCAACGUACAGGUUGUCAAUGGAUGCCCUAUGAUUGAAUGUAAGAAGGGCAUGCAACUGAUGGAACAGCUGGAGAACGACAGUCAACUCUCUGCCGCCAGAACUGCAAUCGUCAGUGCUAUCAUGAAGCAGCCGGACUUGAUGCAUCAACUCCAAGAACUAGAUGCUGAGACCCUUUUUACAGUCAUGAUCAAAAAAGAAUUUCCUGAUUUGCCGGAUGCAAUUUGCCGGCGUGUGGUGCCAAAGAUGUCAGAAAUUGACAGUGAAAAGCUCCCAUGGAACAGAAGGCUGCGACGAAAAAUGAUGAAGUCAAAACGAGUAGUACUUCAUCUCUUCAGUGGCCCUGAUGAGAAGACCUGGAAGGUGUUGGAUGAUGCCGACACUAUGGUGAUUUGUGUAGACAAGGUCCUGCACCCACGAAGCGAUGUGCUCAAUGACCAUCUCAUGAUGUUCCUGCUGAAGCUGGCUAUGACAGGAUCUGUUCACGCUAUUCUUGGUGGCCCACCAUGCCGGUCUGUCUCGGCCUGUCGCUAUGCUGAUGAUGGAGGGCCCAAACCAGUGAGAAGUGAACAAGAGCCUUAUGGGUUGGCUACUCUGUCGCAACAACAGCGCGAUUGGGUUGAGGAUGACAUUGCAAUGCUCUUCAGGAUGAAGUUGAUCUACAUGGUGGCUGAUCACUAUCGACCGUCUUGGUGUGAGCAGGUCAUCUUUGCGUUGGAACAGCCACAAGAUCCCAAAGAGUAUCGGCCUCAACAGGACAUUGACAAGCACCACUACAUGAGCAUUUGGAGAACCACAGCAUGGAAACUUUUCCAGGCCAAGUACAAUCUGACUUUGACAUCUUUUCAACAGGGGGCAUUUGGCCACCCAAAACCGAAACCCACCACUUUUGCUCACAAUCUACAAGGUUUUGAGGAGUUGGAAGGUGCCAAAGCAGUAUAUGAAAAUCCAGAUCAUGGCUGGCGAGAUCGUCCUCUUGAAGAACGUAUUCAAGAAUCUGCGACGUGGGCACAGUGGGCUCCAGGGUUGAAGGCUGCCUUGAUUGAAGGCUUGAAGAGGCAGUUCAAGAGAAGGGAUGCUGGGCGCUGUCACAUCGGGGCACCGGGCAAUGCGGAGGAGGCAACCUGGGUAGUGGAUGAAGAUGGUGUGGAUGGUGAUGUGGAGGAUGGAGAGCUUCCACGUUUUGAAGCUGACGUGGAGGAUCAACCAUGUGAGGAGGAUGAUGCCGCAACUAACCGGGCCAAGACGGCUUUUGACAGCUGGAUGAAGUUGGUGGAAGAGCAUAAGCAGGUCAAGGUCAAGACUUUGACUUUUGCGGAAGUCAUCACCUCAAGAGCUACAGGCCAUGUCUUGGAAGGUUUGGCAAAGAUAUACGCCAAAAUCAGGAGCCUGGCACUUCCAGUUCUACGGCUGCAUGCCGAUAGGGCACGAGAGCUGACAUCAAAGGCCAUCCAGGCGUGGUGCCACAGUCGCGACAUUGUAGCGACAUACACCUCUGGCUCUGAUUGGAAAAGCAAUGGGAGGGCAGAAAAUGAGAUCGGCAUUGUCAAGCGACAUGCAAAAAUUUUGAUGCGGGCGCAUAACAUCAAUGAGGAGCGAUGGCCCAUCCUUGUGAAGCAUGCCGCAGAGCGACGUUUGCGAUGGCAACUCCAACAAGUUGGCUAUCCUGUGCCUGAUCUCUUGCCCUUCUACACCAAGGUUCUGGUCAAACGAAAGUCCUGGAAUCAAAGAUAUGCUGCAUGGAGGUGGGAACGUGCCCCUGGCCGUAUUUGUGGCCCUGAUCCAUGGUCAUCUCUGACACCAGGUGGGUACUGUGUGCAGCUUGAAGAUGGGACUUUCUUGGCAUCUACAGAUGUGGUGGUGGAACAAUCAGAACUGGGGGAGGGACUCACAUUGGAUCUGGUAGUGCAAGAGCGACUUCAAGCUCCUGGUGAACAACAAAUUUCUGAAAUUCCCAAGCGCCGUUUGCGCUUCAAACAAGGAGUUCCUCAAAUGGCUCGCUUGGAGUUGGGUUCCAACUCGGGGGAGAAGGUUGAUGUUCAGGCCAAGUGCAACAGCGAGUGUGAUCAUGUUGAAGUCAAGCGACUUCUCAAAAUGCAUCAAGAGACUGCAAAGGUCUUGUCUGAGGAAUGUGUUCUUGUGGACGACUUGGAUCCUGAACAAGCAGCUUGCAUCCCAGCGUUGGCAAUGUUGGCUAAUCAAAAGUUCGAUUUGGAACUUCAGCUGCGAGCUCUGGACUUGGAAAAGAAGCACAAGGAGGAGGAAGAGAAUUUCUUGGUGACAAAAACCAUCACCACUGAGCAGGUCUACAAAGAAUGGGAUGAUUGGAAGCUUGCCAUGAUGAGCGAAUACACAUCCAUUGUGGAGGAGAAGAAAGCUGUGCGACAAGUGAAAAGAUGUGAAGCACAGCGCAUGGCAACGGAGAGCAACAUCAAGUACGAGGAGCUUCCAAGUAAAGUGGUGUUCACGAGAAAGAUGGGUGGAAAAAGGAAGGUGAGAGCAUGUAUUUGUGGCAACUAUGAGAAUGAAGUUGCCACUGCCACAUAUGCUGGAGGUUGUGACGCAUCACAGAUCCGAUGCCUCAUUCGUCAUGCAGCACUGGAAAAAUGGGCCCUGUACGGGACUGACAUCAAAUGUGCCUUUCUGAAUGCGGAGCGCAAAGACCGCACCAAGCUGAUUGCCAUGUCUAUCCCCUACAUCUACGUCAAACUUGGACUUGCAUCACAUCAAGAUGUUUGGUUGGUCGAUGCUGCUAUGUAUGGCCUAGUGCCAGUCCACGUGACUGGUCAGACCAUCGAGAUGAAACGAGAUCCUGUCGCAACUUGCGCUCGCAAAGCAAUAGCUGAAGUUUGGGAGUGUGCUGAACCAGAAAGGGCGACUCUGGAAAAGCCGGUAUCUUUUUGCGGCUUUGAAAUCCAACAGAACAGCUCUGAGCGUGGCGGAGGUUUUAGACUUCAUCAGCAUAGCUAUGAGGAGGAGCUCAUCAAGAAAUGGGAGGUUCAUCAAAGCUCAUCACAGGUGGACUUCAAACUUCCUCUACCUGAAGAAGAAGCAGAAUUUGUCAAGUCUGAAAACUUGGACUUGGUGCGCCGUGCGCAAGCUUGCACUGGUGCCUUGCUUUGGCUUGCGACUCGAACCAGACCGGAGCUGUCUGUGGGUGUCGCUGCUAUGUCAAGACUCUGCACGAAGGCUCCAGAGAUUACCAUCAAUCUGGGCUUGAAGAUGAUGAGCUACUUGAAGCGACCAUCACAUGGAAUGAUCUAUGCUGACCAACCAGGUCCAGUUCAUGGAGCACGUGGUCAACUGAGCAAGCCAAGAUGUGUGCGUACGGUAGAGGCUUUUUCUGACAUCUCCUACGCGUCAACGAAGGGGUACAAAUCUCUUCAAGGCCAAGUCUACUACUAUGCUGGUGCACCGGUGAUGUGGAACACUAGCAGGCAACCAUUUCCAACUCAAUCAACUGCCGAAAGUGAGCUGGUCAGCCUUUGUGAGGCACUGGUUGGUGGCAGAGCUACAGCAGCUUUGAUCGCAGCCAUUCGAGAUGAACCUCCUGAGAAGUUGGUCAAGCGACUUUGGGGAGACAAUGCUGCGGCCAUUAGCUUAGCCACAGGUGAAGGCCAAGGGAGUUGGAGAACGAGGCAUUUGCGCAUCAGAGCGGCGAUUUUGAGAUCUGCGCUGCGCCACAAUGAGUGGGACUUGGGACAUCUCCUGGGUCGUGAGCUGGUGGCGGACUCCUUCACCAAGAUUGUCACUGGCCCUGCGUUUGAGAAGGCGCUGCAAGAUCUUUGCAUAGCCUCUGAUGAGCUCAAGGCGCAUGGCGAUGGAGCGGGCAUGCGACAUGAUCAAAUGAAUGCAAAAAUAGCGAUGUUGUUGGGAGCAACGCUGUUGUCUGGCGCUGCUGCAACAAGUGAUGAGGAGGGUGAUGACCAGUUGUCCUGGCUUUGGGUCGUUGGCUUAAUCCUGAUGUGCGUGGGAGCAGUCUAUGUGAGCGACAAGAUGGUCCGAAGUGGCAUGUGGCUCUAUAGAAGACUGAUAGGGGCAUCGGGCAGCCAAGUUGAUGUGAUGUCCAAAGGACGGCCACCGUCACCUAGCAUCAGUAUGUUGCAGUGGAGCAGUAGCAGUGAGGAUGAGAGAGAGCGAAGGGCAGAAAUGAAUGCACAGAGGGCCGCCUAUGCGCAACAGGCUGAUGUCGAUGAACUUCGGGCCAUGGUGGCGCAAAGUCGGCGUAUCCAAGAAGAUCCCCACAACAAAAUGCAUGGCAGAACUCCCGAGAUGUAUGAGGACACGUCUCAAUUGCCGAGACGACGCAAAAAGAAGGCGGAGAAGAAACAACGGGAUCCAGAGGCUGAAGAAGCGGCAGUAGAAAGGGCACAUCGUGAUUUGAUGAAUCACCUGGGAAACAUUGGUGGAGGACCAUUUUCACGGCGGAGGUCAUCACGAUCGGGCUCUGGCGGUGCUGCAGCAUCUUUUGCUCCUGGGUCGAUGGAAUUUGGCUACGGAGAACCGAGCUAUGUUGCAGCUUCAUCAAAUCAGAGCGCAUUACGUUCGGGCUCUGGAGUUGCAGCUUCAUCAAAUCAGAGCGCAUUACGUUCGGGCUCUGGAGUUGCAGCUUCAUCAAAUCAGAGCGCAUUACGUUCGGGCUCUGGCUUUGCAUCUUCAUCAAAUCAGAGCGCAUCACGUUCGGGCUCUGGCAUAGCAUCUACUUCAAAUCAGAGUGCAAUGCCAUCGGGCUCUGGUGGUGCUGUGGUGGCGUCUGUGGGAGAUGAGCGGCGUAGUGAAGGUUCCACUAACCGGUGGAACGAAUUCCAACAUGAACACAGCGGGCGUAGCUGGGGCUCUGACAAGUUCAGAGCUGAAUACUGGAAGUAUAGAGCCACAGGGCAAAAGCCAAAGUAG